CUGCUAAAUUUCAAAUACAUUAUUAGUUUACCAUGUUUUAAAAAAUCUAUAAUGAUGCAUAAAACCAAAAAGUCAAGCCACUCAAAUUCACAUCUGCUAAUUUGGGUUUUAGCAGCAAUCAGAAUUUUGUUGGUAGUUAUUCCGCAACUUGGAUACAUACAUCCAGAUGAAUAUUUCCAAUCAAUGGAGGUGUUAGCAGUCGACUUUUCAGGAAGAAUUUUUGAUGUCGACCAUAGCCCUCCCUGGGAAUUCGAAACAACUCAUCCCAUCAGGGGUGUUGCCAUUCCUUUCUUCACUACUGGAUUAAGUUACAUAUUCCUGAGAGACAUUAAUAACUUAGCUAUGGAGUAUUUGUCUAUAAAUGUAUUGACCCCUUAUUUUCUUUUGAUAAUUCCUCGCCUAAUAAUGACUCUGUUUUCAUUAGUUGUUGAUUAUUGUUUAGUGAAAAUUUGCUUGAACAAUAAUGAAAAAUACUCAGCAAGACUCUUGGUGCUUGGCAGUUCGUAUAUUAUGAUAGUGUAUGCCACUCGAACAUUUUCUAAUAGUAUUGAGUUAAUACUUUUUGCUUUGCUAUUGUAUUUUGUAUGUGAAAGUCUUACCUUCUCCAAUGAACUUAAGCGUAAGCAAGUAUAUAUUAAUUACAGAUAUGAAAAGAGUGAAAACAUAAUAGAAAGAGUUAAAUUUCAUAAGUUGAAACUCCACUUGGUCUCCGAUAAUUAUACAAACUGUUUUGCGAUAUCCACUAUUACAGUGAUGGGUGUUUUUAAUAGACCUACAUUUAUGGGAUUUGCUGUAAUGCCCAUAUUUUUCUGGAUAAACCGUGGCGUAGAUGGGAAAAAUGUUUCAAUAAUACAAUUUCAUUCCAGAAUAAUAUGCUUGAUUUUCUGUAGUAUGCCAGCUAUAAUUUUUAACGUGGUAAUUGAUUCGUUCUACUAUGGUUGUCUAACUUGGGGUGAAAUAGGCAUGCUGGAAAUUUCGAUUAACAAUUUCGUUAUGACUCCUUUUAAUUUUAUUCAAUAUAACAGCAAUGCUUCUAAUUUAGAGAAACACGGCUUACAUCCUAGGUUUAUGCAUUUAUUAAUGAAUAUUCCAUUGCUUUUUAAUGUUUUGGGAAUCUUAGCGUUGUAUGAUAUAGCAAAAUAUAUCUACUGGUGUUUUUGUGGAAAACUUCAACUGCUGCCAUCCAUCAGAAGUAUAAAAAUGCUGAUGAUCCUUAGCUUUAUUACUCCGCUUGUCGUAUUAUCAACGUUUCCGCAUCAAGAACCGAGAUUCCUGAUUCCUCUCAUAUUUCCGUUGAUUUACCUUCAUGGCGAUAGUGUUUUGCCAAAUUAUUGUAAUGCUUUAGGGACCGUAACUACUAUUGAAGAACAAUCUAAUAACAUCAGCAAGAAAACCUGUUCAAUAAAUUUCUUUAAAAUAUGGUUGAUAAUUAAUUUAUUUCUGGUUGGUUUCUAUGGUUUUCUUCACCAAGGCGGAAUAUUUUCUAGUGUAAGGUACUUGCAUGAUAAUAUACAAAGCGCUCCUGUAAAUACCGAAUUUCAUAUUGUGACAAGUAACAUGUAUACGUUCCCUAAGUCGUUCUUAUUGCAAAGAGAUAAUUAUGUACUUUCUCCAAAGCACACUACAAAGAAACCUGUAUUUUUGUAUGAAGAAGGAUCUAGAGAUUUACAUCUCAUUAUGCACCAACUUAAAGAGUUGCUGGAAAUGCGACGUAAAGCUAACAAUUUGAGAAAUUACAAAUUUUAUUUUUUCACAAUAAACAAUCGAAUGGAAGACAUCGAAAACGUUAUUCCUUACAGUGGUAUAUUCUUCAACAAGACAGUCAGUUUUUGGCCUCACCUCAGCACAGAAGCUAUGCCAGAUUUAACCAGGUAUUGUUUUUUUCCAGUUUCAAUGUUUUAUCAAGAUUGUGAAGUCGUAUCUUUAUGUGACUAUGGUCAAAGAAUUUUUGAAAUGUUUCAGCUAACUAUGUAUCAGAUAAGUUUAUCACCAUAAUAUUCGGACUAUAAUGCUGUUAUCGACAUUGAUUCAUUUGUGAAAGAUUUCUCUUACUAAUAUUUGCCAUGUUAGUAUUUUACAUAAAGCAAACACGUAGGUACAUCGUUUCAUCAAUAUUUAUGUCUAGUUACUAGUAUUUUAUCAUUAUCCGAAUAAAUGUUUAUAAUAUUUGUAGUUCUCUUUGGUUACAUGCAAAUAAAGGCAUUUUUAUUAAUUA